AUGCCACACCAUGGAUUGUCUCCUGGUCAGGGUCACCCCAGGUCCCGCCGGGAGCAAAGAUCUUCGGAGGCCUUCAAGAGGGGAUGUCUCUGGAUGGGCCUGGCACUGGCGCUGGCGCUGCCUGACUCCCUGUGCCUCUGGGUCCCAGCCGGUGCCCACCCUCUGCCCGCCCAAGGCCAUCCUGCCAGGCUCAAUCGCCUAGCGCCCCGGCUGCGGGACAGCUUUGGGUGGUGGAACCUCACUUGCCCGGCCUGCAAAAGCCUGUUCACCAUCAUCGACAUUGGACUGAAGCAGGAGACCAGUGUAACCCACGUGGCCUCCAUUGCCACCAAGCUAUGCAAUCUGCUGAAGAUAGCGCCGCAUUCAGUGUGCCAGUCAGCUGUCCAGCUCUUUGAGAGUGACAUGGUGGAGGUGUGGACACGCUCAGUACUGAGUCCAUCUGAGGCCUGUGGCCUGCUCGUGGGCUCCAACUGUGGGCACUGGGAUGUCUUCUCAUCUUGGAACAUUUCUUUGCCACCAGUGCCCAAGCCGCCCCCUCGGCCUCCCAGCCCCCCAGCUCCAGGCGCCCCUGUAAGCCGCGUCCUCUUCCUCACCGACCUGCACUGGGAUCACGACUAUCUGGAAGGUGCAGAUCCUGACUGUGCAGACCCACUGUGUUGCCGCAAGGGCUCUGGCGUACCCCCUGCCUCCAGGCCAGGUGCUGGAUACUGGGGCGAGUACAGCAAGUGUGACCUGCCCUUGCGGACCCUGGAGAGCCUGCUGAGAGGGCUGGGCCCAGCUGGCCCUUUUGACAUGGUGUACUGGACAGGAGACAUCCCUGCCCAUGACGUCUGGCAGCAGUCUCGUCAGGACCAGCUGCGGGCCUUGAAUACCAUCACAGCCCUUGUGAGGAAGUUCUUGGGACCUGUGCCCGUGUACCCUGCUGUGGGUAACCAUGAGAGCACACCCGUCAAUGGCUUCCCGCCUCCCUUCAUAGAGGGCAACCGCUCCUCCCAAUGGCUUUAUGAGGCCAUGGCCAACGCAUGGGAGCCCUGGCUGCCUGCAGAAGCCCUUCGUACUCUCAGAAUCGGGGGUUACUAUGCCCUGACCCCAUAUCCCGGCCUCCGCCUCAUCUCUCUGAAUAUGAAUUUUUGUUCCCGGGAGAACUUCUGGCUCUUAAUCAAUUCCACAGAUCCUGCUGGGCAGCUCCAGUGGCUGGUGGGGGAGCUUCAGGCUGCCGAGAACCGUGGAGACAAAGUGCAUAUAAUUGGCCACAUCCCCCCAGGGCACUGCCUGAAGAGCUGGAGCUGGAAUUAUUACCGGAUUGUAGACAGGUAUGAAAACACUCUGGCUGGUCAGUUCUUUGGUCACACGCAUGUGGAUGAAUUUGAGGUCUUCUACGACGAGGAGACCUUGAGCCGGCCGCUUGCUGUGGCCUUCCUGGCGCCCAGUGCCACCACCUAUAUCAGCCUUAAUCCUGGUUAUCGCGUUUACGAAAUAGAUGGCAAUUACCCAGGGAGUUCUCAUGUGGUCUUGGACCACGAGACCUUUAUCCUGAACCUCACACAGGCGAAUGCGCCUGGAGCCACACCGCACUGGCAGCGCCUCUAUAGAGCUCGAGAAACCUACGGGUUGCCUAACGCGCUGCCUACCGCCUGGCAUGACUUGGUAUAUCGCAUGAAAGGCGACACGAAACUAUUCCAGACCUUCUGGUUUCUCUACCAUAAGGGCCACCCGCCCUCCGAGCCCUGCGGCCCGCCCUGCCGCCUUGCUACUUUGUGCGCGCAGCUGUCUGCUCGCGCCGACAGCCCUGCUCUGUGCCGCCACCUAGCGCCCGAGGAGGGCCUCCUGGACGUCCACAGCCAGUGGACCAGGCCGCUGUUCUGCUAG